AUGUCUAGUACGGAUCAUCUUUUAGAUAUUCAAGAAUUACCAUAUUUAACAGAAAAAGAAAGUGAACUUUUACAAAAUAUAUUUGUUGGUACUCUUCUUGUAGUACUGAUAUUAUUUUGUGUUAUAGGAAAUCUUAUGGUUAUUUUAGCAAUAUUAAUAGAAAGAGAUUUAAGAAGUAGACCACAAUAUUAUUUAAUAUUUUCUCUUGCUGUAGCUGAUUUGUUUGUUGGAUUAGUUGUUACACCAUUAGGAGCAUGGAUAACAGUUGCUGGUGGUUGGAAUUUUGGUGAAGCAUUAUGUGAUUUCUGGAGUAGUGUAGAUGUUCUUUUAUGUACAGCAAGUAUUUUACAUCUUGUUGCAAUUGCACUUGACAGGUAUUGGAGUAUAACAGAUAUUUAUUAUGUUCAAAAUAGAACACCAAAAAGAAUCACGUGCAUGCUAAUUAUAAUAUGGUUUGUCUCUUUUUUGAUCUCUGUAGCACCAAUAUUUGGGUGGAAAGAUGCCAUGUCUACUUCUCGUGUUUUAGAGGAACAUGUAUGCUUAAUAUCACAAGAAAUAAGUUAUCAGGUAUUUUCAACAGCCUCUGCAUUUUAUAUACCAUUAAUUGCUAUAAUAUGCAUUUAUUUUCGUAUUAUGAAAGCUGCAAAAAAACGUUUCAAAAGAGAAAGAGAUAGGAAAACUGUUAUUCGUCAUGGUGGUAAUAGUCUUCAUACAUCAAUAGAAAGUAAUAAAUUUUUAAAAAAUGAUACUAAAAAUGAUGAUAAACAUAUUAAUAAAAAAGAUUCUUUACCAACAAUUCCUGUUAUUAUAAAAGAGGAUAAUGGUGAAAUGAGUAUAAGUAAAAAAAGUGAAAGUAAUAGUAGUAAUGAAGAAGAUAAAAGUAUGGUAAAAAUAUCACAUUUUAUUGAAUCAGAUGAUGUAAAUGAAUCAUUUACAAAAGAUCGUCGAAAUUCUAGGUCAAGUCUUCCAACUAUAAAAACAUUUUUUAAUCCAAAUAAUAAUGGACCAAAAACAUCAUUAAAGGCAAUAAACAGUGGAAAAUUUAAAUUUCCUAAAAAAAUUAAAAGAAAACGAAGAAGUAAAGAGAUGAACACAGAAAGUAGAAGAGAAAGAAAAGCUUGGAGAACAUUAGCUAUAAUAACAGGAACAUUUUUAGUAUGUUGGACACCAUUUUUUCUUGUUAGUUUAUAUCGUCCUAUCUGUGGAUGUAAAAUACCAGAUAUAAUUGAAGGAAUAACACUUUGGUUAGGUUAUCUAAAUUCAGCAAUAAAUCCAAUAAUUUAUACAGUAUUCUCCCUAGACUUCCGGUUAGCCUUUCAACGAAUAUUAAAAAGAUUAUGUUUUAUUCGUGGCUUUCCAUAA